AUGGCUGGACGGCAUCGGGGGGGACGCCAGGCACCUGCUGCUCGAGGUGCGCUGCCCCCGCUCCGCGCGCCCCGCUGCGCCCGUGCGCGCGUGCCCCCGCGCCCCACAUUGCGCGCCACGCACCCCACCAUACGCACGCGCGCGCGGGUGUCUUUGCGCACUAUCAUGCACGACAAGGAGACGGGCGACGUGCUCUUCCCCCUCGUCACCCUCACCUCCCGCUUCCAACGCGGCCACAGUCGCAAGCUGUCAAGCCUGGCGUAUCGCGUGGUGGUGCUGCCCAACUGGCCCAUGGCGCGCGCGGGAGAGGGCAGCAGCAGGAAGCGCAAGCAGCGAGGGGACGCGGAGGGCGGACCGCAGAGGAAGGCAGUCGAGCAAGUGGGCGACAUGGGGGGCGAGGUGAGCCUGGUGCCGCUGCCAGUCGUCUACAACUCCAUGGCGCGCCGACCGGGGAUCCAGGAGCACAAGUUCUUCCGCAUCCUCUACCGCGCCAUCCGCCUCACCUCCUACUACCACGUGCUCAAGCACCCCCCGGGCAUGGAGCAGGCGUUGGUGGACCACCACUGCCCCGCCUUCCCCCCGCCACUAGUGCGCACCAACGGCACGAGGCGCUGCAGCAGGUGCAGUGAGUCGCCCAUGCGAGGACCGGCCAGCCUGCAGCACACCUUUGUCAAGUACACCCUGCCGGUGCACAAUGCAGACAACGACCUUCUGCUGGCGUACCGCCUGCUGCCCAUCGCGCGCUUCGUGCCGCUCCACGCGUGCUCACAGCGCUGGCAGCAGCUGCAGCACGUGCGCACACAGCGGAGCGGCGAGAGCGAGGGGCAGGAGGGGGAGGAGGAUGCCAGCACCAGGUGCGAGCGCCAGUAG